AGGGGCGGGGCUGCCUCUUACCUGUUUUCUGUUGGAGCAGAACCUCAGUCUGUCCCCACCUGGGCCACCAUCCCUGCCUGCCUGCCUGUGGGCGGGGCAGGGGAAGCAAACCUUGUUGGGGGCCAGAGGAGGGAGAAAGGGGAGACAGGUGGGGGUCCUGCAGGACCCGGUGAUGACAGGCUGCCAGGCUUCCUGGAGGUGAUCAGGCCUCGGGAACACGACAUGGCACAGACGGGACAGGUCCCCUCUCCUGGGGCUGGCCUGGACCAGCCCUGCGUGUUCAAGCUGGUCCUCCUGGGAAGUGGCUCUGUGGGCAAGUCCAGCUUGGCUCUCCGGUACGUGAAGAAUGACUUCAAGAGCAUCCUGCCCACCGUGGGAUGUGCAUUCUUCACGAAGGUGGUGGACUUGGGCGCCAAGUCUCUGAAGUUUGAGAUCUGGGACACAGCUGGCCAGGAGAAGUACCACAGCAUCUGCCACCUGUACUUUCGGGGCGCCAACGCUGCGCUUCUGGUGUAUGACAUCACCAGGAAGGAUUCCUUCUGCAAGGCUCAGCAGUGGCUGAAGGACCUAGAGAGGGAGUCCCCCCCAGGGGAGGUGGUGGUGAUGCUGGUUGGGAACAAGACGGACCUCGGCGAGCAGCGGGAGGUGACGCUCCAGGAAGGGAAAGAGUUUGCGGAGAGCAAGAGUCUGCUGUUCAUGGAGGCCUCAGCCAAACUAAACCACCAGGUGACCGAGGUCUUUAAUGCUGUAGCCUGGGAGCUCCUGCAGAGAGAAGAGAAGAAGGAGGGACAGCAGCAGCGUGGAGAUGCAGGGCUGGCUCUGAACGGGGCAUCUGCCGGGCAGGCCAGGUGCUGCCCCCACUAGCAGCAGCCACGUUAGGGUGGGGGGCCUGGGGAAGAUGCCCCCCCCAGGCCAGGAGGCUCAGCAGGGGGAGCCACUGCCUCCACCAAGGAUCUGAGUCGCCAUCAAACAGGCUUGUUCCCUGAGUCCCAGAGGUUCUGGAAGCUGGCAUCCGCCAGUGUUCCCACUUCCCAGAGCCGGUGGGAAUCGUUCAGGAGAAGAUCCGGGGCUAGGGGGCUUCUAGGGCUGAUACAGAGAACGUUCACCUUUUAGCAUUUGUGGGCCCUGCUCCUGGGCUCCCAGGGAAGCUGUGCUUUAAUACUUUCGAAGGUCAAAGUGACUCGGCAAAACCUUUCCAAAGCUUGGGCUGCAUUUCUGCCCCCAGCACACACUGUGCAUUGGCCUCACAGGAUAAAAAAAAACCCCAUAAGGAACAUUCCAAACAUAAAGAUAAGGGAAAGGAAACACCUCCCUGGUUCCUGGAAGAUUAAAGUCCUAUAACCUGGCACACACUAAAACCAAGAUAAAAAUCUGUAACUUUCUGGAAUGUCCUUUGUCACGAUGACAUUGAUAACCCCUGACAUUGAUACCUGAUGCCCAGGCCAGGUGCGCCCACCCUGGUCUGGAUGGCUGUCCCUUCUGCAGUCUCACUGUCCAUUUGGGGCUGGGCCUGCCUGGUUCUGAGAGUUGGGGGAGGAGGGGUCAGGCCCGCAUGGGGGUGACAGUGUUGGGAAGAUCAUGGGACUGCGUCCACUUCCUACAUCUCGGGGCGGUGGACCCAGGAAGGAAGGCAUCUAAUGGGACAGUUGGGGCGGGGUUGGGGGUGGGGGACCGGCCCCUCCACCCUCUCUUCUCCUGGCUCUGAGUUCAGCCAGUGAUGCUUGUGCCCAGGGAACCUGAGGACACAGAUUUCUAGCCCUGGUGUGAGUGGAACUGCCCGUAUGUCUGCAGACAUCCAGCCACUUUCUCUGAGCUGGUGUCGCCGAGUUUGCGAGGCUGGGGUUUGUGAUGGUGCGUGUUUUAGGAGGGCUUGUUCCGAGUGAACGAGGAGGUAGGCCCAGGCCCAGACUGUGGCUCAGGGCCACAGGACACUUCUCCAGGGCUGACACAUCACAUGUUCACCCCAUUACUGCCUGUUUCCAGGGGCAGGACCAGAUGGUCUUUUGGGGAGGUUAGCCCUGAUGUCAAGUUGAGGGUAUUUCAGAGGGUGCGCUGUUUUGUGAGGUGGAGAGGUGGCAUUGGUUUUCAUCCUUGCCCCAAAGUCUGAAAUUAUAAACACUAAGACACUGUGGUCCACCUGGAAAGGCUGCUUUCGCUGUAUUGCCGGGAGGACCAACAGCAGGACAGGAGUAAAGCAUCCUUUCACGCUUACUCUGAAUUCUUGGCAUCCAUGAGGGGCGUGCCAGCGUUUCUAGGGGCUCCUCUGCACUGGUUCUCUGCUUGCGUCCACCCUGCCACAGGCCUAUCAUCCCAGCCGAGGGCCUGGACCUUUGGUUGGGGCCCAGCAGGCAGGGAGCUCUGAACUGAUCAGGACUCACCCUGGCAUUGGCUAGGACCUGUCCAGCUGGGGUCGUCUCAGCAUGGCUGUAUCCCUCCAAAAGUCAGGGCUCCCGACAAGGCUCCCUCCUACGUUCUGGCCCCUGGUCCCUCCCUCAGCCUACAGGCCUGGGACCCCCUGCAUUCCAACCUCAAGAUCAUGGUAUGUCUUCCCAGACAAAUGCAGGUUUCCCAAGGCGUCUCUGGUCAUGCUUGAGAAAAGCUAAAGGAUAAAUACAGAAAUAAAAGCGUCUGAGAGGGUCUGUUA